AUGCUUCUAUGCUCUAUACAGAUGAUACUAACUGGUCAUGCAUGGGCAAAGUUUUUAAUGCGUAUGCAUCCCACUGCUAUAAUUUCUAAACUUACUAAACGAUGGUAUGAAUCAAAUUCUGGGAAAUGCAUUGGACAACAAAAUAUAACACAAACAAGCAUUUUUAUAGAAGAAGGAUUAGAAAUACAAGAAGUGCCAUUAAUUGUUAGAAAAAUCAAAGAUAUUGAAACAAUAUGUAACAGUAAAGAUAAAAAAAGUAUUUCUGCUUUUAAUAAUCGUUACAAGGAUCCUGAUGUAUCUAAGAAGAAUGAUUCUCUUACAUAUAAUAUUGAAAAGAACACUAAUUCCAAGAAUAACACUAAUGUGAAGAAUAUUCCAUUAAAUCAAAGAAUAGAUAUUGAAACAGAUGAAGGAACUGCAAUAUUAUUUUGUUCAGAUCUUGACUGUUUCAAAAAUAUAGAUUUAGAAGAGACAUUGCAGGGAUUACAACUGAUUAAUGCAACUAGUGGUGUAUAUUCCAUGUUAGAGAACAAGAUAUCACAGGAAAUAAAUUGUAGAGUAGCUUUAGAAGGAUUAAAGAAAGUUAUAGAUUUAGAAAAUAAUUGGUUUAAACAAAAGUCUAAUAAAAUGCAAAAAAAUAGGCAGUUUGAGGUUGAUAAUGGUACUAGAGACAUGAUAAUGAAACAACUGAUUAAAUUAAUUAUUAAUAGUAAUGAUGCUGAGAUGAUAGUUCAAGGACUGAUAGCUCUAAAAAAAGAUAAAGUUAGUCCAGCUAGAAAUAUAUAUAGAGACUUGAUGUGUGAUGAAGCAUUAAGUCGAUCAACAGAUGGAGAAUUUUCACCUGCACAAUUAAUAAAUUUAAUAAAGAUUUUAUCAUCUUAUAAGGAUUCUAAAUAUCGUAAAUCAAUAGAUAAUUUAUGGGUGGGUAUUUUGCUUCAAGAACAUAAAAUUAAUGCAUACACAUUAGUAGCAUUAUUCAAAACAUUAAAGCAUUUUAAUCAGAGUAAAAAUAUGGUAAAACUUAUUCUUGAAAGAAAGUUCUCUGAAUGUUGGUUAGAAGUAACAGGUACACAAAUUGCAGAGAUAUUAGAUUGUUUUCAUGAUGAUGUUUCUGCGAUGAGAUGUUUAACAAGUGCUAGUAAGUGGACAAGUGUGAACAUGAAUACAUCUAGUGAAAAAGAUUUAAUAAAUUUUAUACACAGUUUACAUGUAAAAGAUUAUAUUGAUAACAGAAUUGAAAGCAUGUUACAAAAUUAUUUGAUAUCUAAAGCAUCACAAAUUAAUAAUUCAAAAUUAAUAGCAACAAUUAUGGAUUAUUGUAAGAAUUUACAGGUCAGAAAUGAAUGCAUUCUGUCAGAGUGUGGUAAAUACUUUAUGAAACAUGCUAUGAAUAUAUCAACUUCUUUAUUGCCAUCUAUUGUUACACCAUUUGGAUUUUUAUAUAUGCAACCACCAAAUAAGAUAGAAUUUUGGAAAACUUUUGAUAAUGUGUUAUCAGCAAAAUUUCAUGAUUUAAAAUUAGAUGAUGCUUUAGAUAUUCUUCUUUCCUGUACUUAUUUAGAAAAAUAUCCUAUACAAUUUUUUGAUGAAAUAUUUAUUUCACAAUUACUACAUAAAAUUCAUUUAAGAAAUCAUUCUGGUUUCUUUAAUCGUAUAAAAAAUAAAUUGAAAUUAUUGGAUGCUACCAUGUUUUUAGAGUCUAAAGAAUACCAAUCUUUAUAUUUUCCUAUAAGAAGAAUAGAGAAACCUUUAUUUUUAGAUGCUCGAAUUAGAAAAACAGUAAAUAUAAUAUAUCAACCAUUGGCAUCUUUAGUAGGAGGAGAACAAAAAUUAAGUAAAACUGUGAUUUUAAAUCGAUUACCACCUAUAAAUUUUUAUGUUCUUGACAUUCUGAUACACCCCCAUAUGAUGUCAACAUCAUUAUUUCAUUUGAAUUUAGAACAAGAGAAAAAUGUGAACAUUGCAGUUUUUAUUUAUUUACCAGAAUAUUACUGUAGAAAUACACAUCACUUAAUAGGGCCUCAAAUAAUGAGAAAAAGACAUAUUAAAAAAUUAGGUUUUAAAAUUAUGACAUUAGAUUACAUAGCAAUACAAGAAUUCUGGAAUGAAUCUACUAAAUUAUCGUCUUAUUUGUUGGAAAGAUUACAUUCCACAGAGGAUGCUUUAUAA